AUAAUGAAGCUUAUUUGUUGCUUAGAAUGAUGGAAAAAAAUGGCUGCAUCCCGGAUGUAAGUUCACAUAAUAUCAUCCUCAAUGGCUUUGCUAGAUUAGAAAUGUUUGAAACUAUGAAGCAUUCUGGGAUUAAGCCUGAUGGUGUCACCUCAACAGGAGUGAGAAGAACUGUUGCUUUUGUGACUUAUCAAAUUUUUGGUGACUUUUCAAAUUUUUACAACUUGUGAUGUUUUCUUUGUCGUAAAGUGGAUCCAUUAUCCAUGCACCGCCAUUGAUUGAUUGGUCCAUGUAUAUUUUCCUCCACAAAUCAUAAUCUGUCUCCAAUCAGAGAGCCGUGUGAGACUCUAAACCAUACUCCCUCCGUUUUUUAUUAUAAGUCGUUUUAGAGAAAUUUUUUUGUUCCAAAUUAUAUGUCGUUUUCGAUUUUCUAUGUAAAAUUUAUUAAUAAUUAAUAUUGUAUGACCAAUGGUAAUAUAUCUUAUAUUUUUCUAUUGGUUGAAUUGUGGUUAGAUAAAUAAUUAAUGAUGUUUUUGUUUAUAAAAUAUAAUAAAUUAAUGGUUUUAUUAAUCUACGUGCAUACGUAUAAAACGACUUAUAUUAAAAAACGGAGGGAGUAUCAUUUACAUCAUCUUCCAACUUCACAUUCUUCUACUCAUCCUUGCAACAAAGCUCACAAACCCCAAUGGAGAAGCAAGAAGCAAUAGUUCUUUAUCCAUCACCACCAAUAGGCCACUUAGUCUCCAUGGUCGAGCUAGGCAAACUCAUCCUCUCCCAAAACCCAUCUCUCUCCAUCCACAUCAUCUUAGUCCCACCUCCUUACCAGCCCGAAUCAACCACCACCUACAUCUCCACCGUCUCCACCUCCUUCCCUUCAAUCACCUUCCACCGCCUCCCAACCGUCACACCCUACUCCUCAACAACCUCACAAAGCCACGAGGCGCUCAUCUUAGAAAUCAUCUGCUUCAGCAACCCGAACGUCCACAGGACUCUCUUCUCCAUCUCCCAAACAUUCAACCUCCGUGCCAUGAUCAUCGACUUCUUCUGCACCGCCGUGCUAGACGUCGUCGCCGGUGACUUCACUUUCCCGGUUUACUACUUCUUCACCUCCGGAGCCGCCUGUCUCGCCUCCUUCUUCCAUCUCCCUACUCUUGACGAAACAACCGCUGGAAAAAACCUCAAAGACGUCCACACGCUGCUCAACAUCCCCGGCGUUCCUCCGAUCAAAGGCUCUGAUAUGCCUACUCGGGUACUUGACCGCAACGAUGAGGUCUACGAUGCAUUUAUAUCCUUCUCUAAGCAGCUCUCGCACUCUUCAGGGAUCAUCAUCAACACGUUCGAGGCAUUAGAGAACAGAGCCAUCAAGGCCAUAACAGAGGAGCUCUGUUUUCGCAAUAUUUAUCCAAUAGGACCGCUCAUUGUUAAGACAAGAACCGGAGAUAAUAAAAACGUAGAUUCUUGUCUGAACUGGCUAGAUUCUCAGCCAGAACAGAGUGUUGUCUUCCUCUGUUUCGGGAGCUUGGGUUUGUUUUCGCAAGAACAGCUCAAGGAUAUUGCUAUCGGUUUAGAGAGAAGCGAGCAGAGGUUCUUGUGGGUGGUUCGUAAUCCACCAGAGUUACAAAACCAAACAGAACCGGACUUGGAAGCUAUAUUACCGGAUGGGUUUUUAAACCGAACCGGAAACAGGGGAAUGGUGGUUAAAUCAUGGGCUCCGCAAGUUCCGGUUCUGAACCAUAAAGCAAUCGGUGGGUUCGUGACUCACUGCGGCUGGAACUCUAUUCUUGAAGCUGUUUGCGCGGGUGUGCCGAUGGUGGCUUGGCCGUUGUAUGCUGAGCAGAGGUUUAAUAGAGUGGUGAUUGUGGAUGAGAUCAAGAUUGCUAUUUCGAUGAAUGAAUCGGAUACGGGCUUCGUGAGUUCCAUGGAGGUGGAGAAACGAGUUCGGGAGGUAGUGGAGGAGGGUCCGGUUAGGGAGAGGACCAAGGCUAUGAAGAAUGCAGCUGAAUCAGCUUUGGUUGAAACCGGUUCGUCUAGGAACGCGUUGACUGCUUUACUCGAGUCGUGGAGUCCAAAGCAAACUUAGACUCUGCGUCAGGUUGUUGAAUUACUAUUGGUUAAAAAUUAUCAAAAAUUAAAAAAUACAGUACGAUACAUUUAUUAUGGUAGUUUAAUAUGUUUUUGUGAAAGUAAACAAUAUAUCUUUGUGGAACA